UUUAUUCAUUGACAAACGCCUGAGAAGAUAUCUAUAGGUCACUUAAGAUUACCAUUCAACGGAGUAUUUUUCCUAUCUUUGUUAGUCAAUAAAAAGAGGAGGAUAAGUGUAGCUUUAAAGAUUGUAAAUUACUUCAAGUAACAUGUCAAAAAUUGGAAUCAAUGGAUUCGGUCGUAUUGGCCGAUUGGUCCUGCGUGCUUCGAUAGCCAAAGGGGCUCAAGUAGUUGCAAUUAAUGAUCCUUUUAUUGACCUAGAGUACAUGGUGUAUCUUUUUAAAUACGACUCUACACAUGGUCGCUUUGACGGUACGGUUGUUGCGCAGAAUGGCCAACUGGUUAUUAAUGGAAACAGAAUAACGGUCUUUUCUGAAAGAGAUCCCAAAGCAAUUCCAUGGAAAAAGGCUGGUGCCGAGUAUAUUGUAGAAUCAACAGGAGUCUUCACUACUAUAGAGAAAGCUUCAGCUCAUUUGCAAGGAGGAGCAAAAAAAGUUAUCAUUUCUGCACCUAGCGCUGAUGCACCAAUGUUUGUCGUUGGUGUGAAUCUUGAUGCUUAUAAUCCCUCUUAUAAAGUGAUUUCCAAUGCUUCUUGCACAACCAACUGUCUGGCUCCACUUGCAAAAGUAAUCCACGACAACUUUGAAAUUGUUGAGGGCUUGAUGACUACUGUUCAUGCUACAACGGCAACACAAAAAACAGUAGAUGGCCCUUCGGGUAAACUAUGGCGCGAUGGUCGCGGUGCUCAACAAAAUAUAAUUCCUGCAGCCACCGGAGCCGCAAAAGCUGUUGGAAAGGUAAUUCCAGCACUUAAUGGUAAACUUACUGGUAUGGCUUUUCGUGUACCAGUACCUAAUGUGUCCGUUGUCGACCUUACUGUUCGUCUUGGUAAGCCAGCUACAUAUGAAGCAAUCAAGCAAAAAAUUAAGCAAGCCGCUGAAGGUCCACUUAAAGGCAUUCUUGGAUAUACUGAGGAUGAAGUUGUUUCCUCUGAUUUUGUUGGUAACUCGCACUCGUCUAUUUUUGAUGCUGCCGCUGGUAUCUCCUUAAAUGAUAAGUUUGUAAAACUAAUCAGCUGGUAUGACAAUGAAUAUGGCUAUUCUAGCAGAGUUAUUGACCUUAUUAAGUACAUUCAAACUAAAGAUUGAGGUGCUUGCAAUCUUUUUUAUUCAAUUUAGAGCACUUACAUAUAUGUUUGGACUAGAUAUUACUGUUUUAUUAUUUCUUUUUUGUAAUGCCGCUUAUUAUACAUGCUCGAAACGGUUAUAAAUUAUUAGACUUUUAUUUGCAUUGAAAUAUUUAAAAAAAUGUAAAGAAAUAAAAAUAAAUAACUUCGUUUCAAAAAUACCAACUUAUAUUUAUUUUACUUGUAAAAUAAAUGUUAUUUAUAAAGUUUAA